AUGGCAAGAAAAAGCAUAACAGAUUCGGUGUACGUCCAACCAGGGGAUCCUGUGAGUGGACAAGCUUUGUACCGAGCAUGGAAGAAGUAUGGGUUAGUGGGCAAACCUAUAGCCUCUAAUCAAGAUAAUGGUGAUGGUAGUGGGUUUGAAGAUUUCCGUAGUGCCUCAUCCACAGCAGCACAAUUGGCGGAUUUCUCGAACGAUGGCGGUGGGUUAGAGUAUAAUCCGGAAUCCAGUAUCAAGAUCCGUCCGGAAGGUAGGACGUAUUCUAUAGUAUGGGAUAACAUGGGUCCCGGGAAAACUGAAAGAAGAACAAGGAGAGGCGGUAACAAUGGUAGACAGAAUAGGAUGAAUUUGCCACCCACGAUCCAAGUGGAAAAAGAUAGCCAUCUGGGUGUUGGAUAUGAUGGGAUGUUGCAAGCGACGAAUAUCGCACAUGACGAAGGCCGUCGUCGAGAAAUCAUGAUGAACCUGUGGAAAAAGGAAAAAGAAUUGGCACGUAAAGAAGAGAUUGAAAAACAGAUGAAAUCUGCACGAGGAAGAGUGAAUGACGGAACGAUGUUAAACGAGAGUGUAUACGAGACGAUGCCAAUGCCCAUGGACACGACAAUGGCGAUGGCGAUGCCAAUGCCUGCGGAGAUGACAAUGGCGGCAGAUGGAAUGUCAAAUGAUCUACGCUUGGGCCCUGGAAAACCGCAUUGGUAUUGGAAAGAUUUGGUCAGACAGAUGAGAUGGGAAGAGGAGGAAUAUAUCCGUGGACAGAAAAGUAUGGAUCCGUGGGGUCAUUCGCGGUUCCGCAGAAUGAUGGGCAGUGGCGGUGCCGCCGAAAAUGCAAACGGCGCUGGCAAGGGAAACGGCGAUGGCAAUGCAAACGGCGACACUGGGCGGCUAAUUGAGCUGAUGGAGUUGGAGAUUCAAGAGAUGGCGGGGUUGCCCAAGCGUGAGGAUAUAGUUGCAAAGCAAGACGAGGAGGGAGAAGGAGCAGGAAGGAAUGGGGGGUCGUAG